CUCAUGGAUGUACCGGCUCUCCGCAUUGGCGAUCAGCUGAUCCUGGAGGAGAAUGAAGACUUCAUCCCUACCGAAAAAGAUGUUUUCGACUUUGCCCAGGAGAUUGGCAUUGAUCUCAUUCAAGAGCCUGAGCUCCUGUGGCUGGCACGGGAAGGCUGCAAAGCUCCGCUGCCUGCAGAAUGGAAGACCUGCCAGGAUGUGACAGGGGAUGUCUACUUCUUUAACUUCUUCACGGGUGAAUCUACCUGGGACCAUCCCUGCACAGAGUUCUACCGCCAGCAGGUAAGCCGGGAGCGAGAGCGUGCCAAGUCCUGUGGCACUCCUGGCAAGAAAAAGGAGAGGAAGACUAAAAAGGAGAAGGGGAAGAAGGACAAGGAGUUCACAAGGGCCCCCGUGCCCCUAAAGGCUACACUGCAACCCCUUCCCCCAGUGCAAGCCAUGUCAGAUGCUCCUAUCUCCCCUCUCCAUGGUUCGCUCAGCAGCUCCGGGAAUCGGGAGUUUCCCAAGAUACAGCUGAGGGCUCCUGACUCUGAUUUGAGCUCCGGUGUGGUGGAUCUGAGGCAGGAUGAGUACAUGUCUCCUUCAUUACCUGAGAACAAGGAUCAGGAGGAUAAGACUUCAGUGGAAGAGAACCUGAGGAGCACCCCAUACCUGUUACUAGACCUGGACCCAAUGGGAGGAAGUUUAAAGUCAUGUGAGCAGGAGGUGGAGGUGGAAAGAGAGAAGGCUUUGCGGGAGAGGCUGUGGUCCCUGCAGGAAGACCUGAGGAAACUGGAGAAGGAGGAGAUGGAGAGGUUCAGAAAGGAGGUGGAGAGAGUCAGGACUCUGAAGCAGGAUCCUCGAGAGGAGCAGAUGGCAGAAGUGAGGCUGAAGAAAGACUCUGACCACAGGUUGAAAGAUGAACAUGAGUCCUCUCCACAUGAGAGGGAGGCCCAGCAGCAAGCUCUCCGAGAUGAGAGGGGUACCAUGCUGCAGGCACUAAAGACAGAAGCAGAGGCAGAACAGGCAACAAGAAAGGAGGAGUUGGACAAUAUAAAACAGUUGUGCAUAGAGGUCGUAAAGCAGGAGACCGCUAAGCAGCUGGAGGCUCUCAGAUCAGAGAUGAGCCGAGAGAGGAAACAGCUCAUCUUUGCUCUGCAGGAAGAGAGGAGGAGGCUGCUGGCUUCUCACAGCUCCCAGUUGCAGGAGCUCCACACACAGCUGGAAUCAAAGCUGCAGCAGACUCUCCAGGAACAGAUGCUGAAGGAAGCUGAGCUUCAGGAGCAGGAGUUGCAACUGGAACUCAGAUCCAAGGAGCUCAAGGCACAGACUGAAGCACUGCAUGCUGAGGUGGAAGACUUGAAGAAGAUGAAACAAGAGCUCAGUAAUAAUGUUGAUGGGAGAAAAAGAGACCCAGAGACCCAAAGGCUUAUGGAAGAGAAACUCCAGCUAGAGACAAAAGUGGAACUCUUACAGGAGCAGUUUGACCAGCUGAGUCACAGGGUCAGUGAUCUGGAAAGAAAUGAAAACACAAGGUGUUCUACUGAGAGGUUGGAGGAGGGCAGAGGGAGGAGGCAGGAAAAGGAAAUGUGGAGGGACAUAAAGGUGGUGCCCCCUGCUAAUAACGACAAGACUCAGGAAAUGGAGGACCUGGAGUACUUGCUUUCUACCUCUUCUCUUGCUUCUCCUCUGGGCAAGGACAGCAACAUGGAAAAUGUUCAUCAGUACAUCAGUACAACAGGGGGGGUGUCCCUAAAGACAGCUCGUUGCUACUUGGAGAGGGAGGCUAUUAACCUCAGGGAGAGACAAGCAGCAGUGCAGGCUGACAGGAAGACAUGGAUUCAAGACCCUGUCAUGUGGUCCACAUCUCAGUACUUACUCAGGGACCUCCAGAAGUCCUCCUACACCCCCUUCCCUAUGCCUUUCCACCAAUCCCUCUCGCACAGCCUUUAUUCAACAGAUGGAGAAGGUGAGCGUCUUGAAGAAAAAAUUGAUAGCAUAAAGAAGUGGCUGGAGACCUACAGGAAAGACCCCAAAAGGCCUCUGUUCCCUGAAUUGUGGACCCCUCCACCAAGAGAAUAAACAAUUUGAAAACAUGUAGUAAGAUUUCUGCAGUAAACUAUAAGCAGCAUCAGGAUAACACACAUUUGACUGGUAUUACUGGUUCAGUAUCCUCACUCAUCCAUCUUCUUUGAAGACACCAGCGUUACAAAGUGAUAGUGUUGUGUUCUACGGAAUGUAGUUGGCACUGACAUUUUUAUAUUCCCUGGGAAGAUUAAAUCAUCAUGAAGGGAAAAUGAGUUUUACGUGAAGAAGUAUGUGUUUGUAAGUGUUGGUACACCAACCAUAUUUAGUCUGAAUUGGUUUGAAUAAGGAAAGAGCUACUACUCUUAAGAGUAGUUUACUUUUACAUUUUUAUGAACAUUUUCUUCCUCUCCAGCAAACAGCUGUCAACAGCCUAGCAUACAAAUUUUAGCAGAGGUACUAAUGCAAGUAACUCGUAUCCUCUACAUUUAUACAUCGUGGUGCAGGGACUAAUGUUGGCACACCAUGCUUAGCUAUAGUUUUGACUGUGGGUUCAAGUCCCACUCAUGCUGUGUGGAGUUGAUGUGUUCUCUCCAUAACCAUGUGGGUUUCCUCCCAAAGCCAUGCGGAAGAAGGAAUUGGAACCCACUUCUGUAUCCUCAUUUAUGUUGAAAAGCACACAGGUUUAACCUUAACCUUGUCUACUACCUAUGCAAAUAACAUUAAAUACAACAAUGCCCUUAUCA